AUGAAAGUUGUUAUAGAAUUACAUACUAAAUAGGCUCUUAAUAUUUCCAUAAACAUCGACCCAAAAAUAUCCUUUAACAUUUUUUUACGUGGAGUAAUAGACACAUGUUUUAAUUAAGGAGCAUAAGCUUAUUAUGAAGAAGCUCUAGAAUUUUACUUGGACAAUGGACUCAACAUAUUACCAAAUGAUAUCAGAUCUCUUGAAAAUUUGGGUUUUACAAAUAAUUGCACAUUCUAUUUUAAAAAUAAGUUUAAAAAUUAAAAAAAAAUAGAUAAUAGUAGAAUAUAUAAAGUAUUAGUGGAUUUAGAAAAUAAGAUGAUUUAAUUAUUUGUGCAAUAAUUACAAACUACUCCUGUAUCCUUUAUUUUUCAGGAUAUUUUAGUAGAAUUAAUCCAAAUUUACAAACUUGAUAUUACUUUCUCAUUCUUUUUUUUUAUAAAUGACAUAUAGGUUCAACCAUUUGAUAUUCGAUUAAUGUCAGAUUUUCAAAAGAAUGGAGGCAUCACAAUAAAAUUAGUCAUUCGUAAGUAAUAGCCUAAUCAAGAUUCUAUCGAAAAAUAUCAAUUUGCUGUAAAUCAAUGUAAGUAGAUCAAAAUUUGUUAGAAAAAAAUUAUUAUGAUAGAGAAUGAUUAAAUGAAAAUGUAAUUUCUUACAUCUACUCACAUCUCUCUAUAAGAGAUAUUUGAAAAAAUAAUAUGGGACUUGUAAAUAUAAGAUAACAUUAUAUAAUAUUAAAUUAAUAAUAAAAAAUCAUUUCAACUCCUCAAUAUUUAAGCCAUAAAUAAUUUUAAGUUUGAAAUUUAUAAAGGUAAUUUUUGGUAUGUAUUUAAAUUAAUUGGAGAUUUUAAUAAAAAAAUGUAAAUUUCUGGAUUAAUAGAUGGAAAUAACUAUGUUAUUGAAGAAACUAUGCCAAUAAAUACUUCUAUUAUGGAAUUCCUAAAGGAUGUUAAAUUUAAAUUAUUUGGCCCCAAAUAAAAUANUUGCAUAUUUUUAGAACCUAUUGUAUCUUAAACUAUACUAUUUUUUUUUUAUUUUAAAUUGUUCUAUCAAAUAUAUAAAAUCAAACUAAAAUAAGUUGAAUCAAAAUAUCUAUGGAGAAGUACUAAAAUUAAGCAAUUUAAAGAUUACAUUUUUAAAUAUAUACCUAAGUAUCAAUUUCAAUAUGAAUGCAAUUAAUUAGUUGAAAAUUAUUCUUGA